AGACCUAUAAGCAGACUCCCGAAAAACCAAAUAUAGCAAAAGACAACGUGGUGUCGAGAAUCAAAAGUGAAUAAUAAUAAACUUUAUCGUCAUCUUGUAGCAUUACAGCUUCACUGUCGCUAGGCAACUAUCCUGUCACUAUAUAAUAAACCGUGAAUUAGCCCAAAAUAAAUGGAAAAAUAAACUGCAGGGUUACAUCAGUUGCAGAAGAUAGUUCUUGAUUCUGUAAAAUUAGCCAUUUUGGGGGGUAUCUGGGAUAUCGCCUUCUCUAAUCUGAAAGAAACUUAUAGCAGAUGCCAGAGUAAUUCGGGGUAUUUGGAUAUUUAAUACGGACAUAACACAAGUUCGACAUUUUACUUGACAGAAGACUAAACGUUUAUUGAGGGACAUGAUAACGAAAUACACGCUAAUCCACACUGCAGCGAGAUUCUGAUAAAGCAAUUCAAUACUUUAUACCAUCAGAGGUCAACGCUCGGAGAACCUUGUUGCAUGAUUGAAGCACUUUAGAUACGGGUAAAUCAAAACGUGUUACUCACACCAAUGCUCAUAGCUUUCUAAUAUUAACUGGAACGAAUAUAUUCAGUCAAGCAAAUGACGUAACGUUAUAUUGCACGAUCAGAGAAACUUGACGGGAACAAAAGAACGUGGAUGGAAACGUUAAGAUCUGUAUGCUGAAAUUCGAAUUUUAGAAACAUUCAUCUCCUGCUUUUUGAAAGCGCUAUUAAGAUUCGAAUGUUGGAUGUAAAAUGACGUUAGAAUUACACGUGUAAAACAGAGCGUUCCUUUCCUGAAAGAUUAUGUCAUCGGGGGUGAAUACGAACAAUAGGAUAAACCCUACAUUGAAUGGAGUAAACAAUGGGGAACAGGUUAUUUAUAAUGUGAGCUACAGUGAUCAGGAACCAGUGAUAAAAAGAAGCAACAGCAGUUCCAAGGGAUCAUGGUGCGGUCGACGAACUGGUCUGGAGAAGGUUUUAUUGUUUAUCGCCGCAGUAUUACUUGCUGCUACAAUUGCCUUAGCAAUUGCUUUUGGGGUCACAUCAUCUGCAAACAAAUCAGGUGACAGUAGUCCUGUUACUAAACCCGAUGACAGCACCUGUAUGACAACGGAAUGUGUCCAAACUGCUGCAAGGAUGCUUAAUGCCAUGGACCAAACUGUCAAACCCUGCGACGAUUUCUUUGAAUAUGCCUGUGGCACAUGGAACAAGAAAAAUGUUAUUCCUGACGACAGGCCAAGUUAUAAUACAUUCGGGAAAUUAAGAGAUGAGCUUCAAGUUAUUUUAAAAGAUAUGUUGGAGAAACCUGUAGAUGAUGAAGAUUCAGAUGCCACUAUUAAAUCAAAAAAUGUUUUCCAAUCAUGUAUGAAUGAAUCAUAUAUAGAGGAAAGGAGUCAUAAACCGGCACAGGAUCUCAUUGUGGAGCUGGGAGGAUGGCCAGUUCUUAAUGUCAGUUGGUCAACUUGGAACGAAAGCACAUUUGAUUGGCUGUCAACCGUUUCAAAGUUGCGUUUGUAUAACAACAGAGUGUUGCUCAAUCAAUGGGUCAGUUCGGAUGACAAAAACUCCAGCACUAACAUUAUUCAGGUCGACCAAGCGGCUUUAGGUAUGCCAAGUCGUGACUACUUGUUGAAAGGUAGAGAAGAUAAAAAUGUGAAAGCAUAUGAAGACUAUGCCGUAGGAUUUGUCAUGCUGCUAGAUGAAGAUGCUGAUAAAAGUUACGUAGAAAAAGAAAUAGGAGAUAUGAUAGACUUUGAAAUAGAACUAGCAAAUAUAACAAUUCCCCAAGAAGACCGUAGAGACACAGAGGCCUUAUAUAACAAAUGGACCAUUGACUUUCUACAAAAGAAUAUAUCAGGAAUCGAUUGGCUAAAAUACCUCAAUGACAUGUUCAACGAAGUGGGCACAACUCUGACACCAGAAGAUGAGGUUGUAGUAUACGCCCCUGCCUACUUCAGAAAAUUAGUUCCGCUCAUUGAACGUACACCCAAACGGCUACUAUCUAAUUAUCUAACUUGGCGAAUUAUGUCAAAUCGUGCAUCCAGUUUGACCAAAGAUUUUAGAGAUAUACGACAAGAUUACGUGAAGAUUCUUUAUGGAACAGCUUCUGAUCGGUCAAGAUGGAGGCAAUGUGUAUCAUACGCUAAUGACCAUUUUGGAAUGGCAGUUGGAAAACUUUUUGUGAAUAAAGCGUUUGACGAAAGUGCGAAAGAAAUUGCGUUGGAGAUGAUCGGUAACAUUCGAGAAGCAUUUAAUGAACUGCUUGAAGAGGUGGACUGGAUGGAUACAGAGACCAGAGAAGUUGCGAGAGAAAAGGCCAACGCUAUUUCUGAGAAAAUAGGCUACCCCAACUACAUUAUGAACUCCACUGCCCUUGACAAAGACUACGCUGAGUUGACAAUUGAAGCAGAUAAAUACUUUGAGAAUGUGUUAAGUGUCAUACGACAUACUGCUAAAGAGAACCUUAGACAAUUGGGCAAACCAGUCGACAAAACAAAAUGGUCAACUACCCCUGCAGUAGUCAAUGCAUUCUACAGUUCUACCAAGAACCAGAUUAUGUUUCCAGCUGGAAUUCUACAGCCACCAUUUUACUAUGAACGAUAUCCAAAGUCUCUCAAUUAUGGUGGCAUAGGAAUGGUAAUCGGACAUGAGAUCACUCACGGUUUUGAUGAUAGAGGAAGAACAUACGAUAAGGAUGGCAAUUUGAGACAAUGGUGGUCUCCUCGUGUUGUAGAAAAUUUCAAGGAAAGGGCACAAUGUAUAAUUAACCAAUAUGGCAACUAUACCGUUAAAGAAAUAGAUAUGAAUCUAAAUGGGAUUAAUACACAAGGGGAAAAUAUUGCAGAUAAUGGCGGACUGAAGCAAGCUUUUAAGGCAUAUAGGAAUUGGGUGAAGAAACAAGGUGAAGAGGAGCAAAAACUUCCGGGAUUAGAUUUGACUAACAAUCAGCUCUUCUUUCUCAACUUCGCGCAGAUUUGGUGUGGUACAGCCAGACCUGAAGCUCUGUAUAGUUCAAUAGCGUCAGGUAGACACAGUCCAGGGAGAGAAAGGGUGAUCGGCUCAGUUUCAAAUUCUCCGGACUUCGCAAAGGCCUUCAGCUGCAAGGCUGGUGACAGAAUGAACCCGACGUCGAAAUGCAGAGUUUGGUAGUGUAGCGAGUUUUAUAUAUCAACUUUCGAUAACUUCAUCGAUAUCAGGAAACUCCAUGUGAAUAAUUAAUAUAACCACAAAAUCAAAACACUGAAGAGGUUGUGAAUUCGACAAUAACGACUCAAUAGUGACAGAUAUUGAAACAAUAUUGAAGUGUGAGUUGAUUCCCGAAUUUUGAAAUAACGUCAUGCCAUCUUUCAAUCAUAUUACACCUGUAAUCUAUUAUAUUGUUAUUUGUGCUGUCAACGAGUUCAUUGGUGAGACAGCUCGUCUUUAGAUUGCUUUAAGUUUACAAGACCGGAUGGCGUGAUGUGAAGGUCACUUUUGUAAAUACUGUGAAAUAAGUAAGUGAUAUUUGUAGUAGGAUAGUUCGACAAAGACGAUGCUAAUGAACAAUGCUAGCAAAUAACGAAUUAAUGUAUUUUACUCCAAGAAAUACAUAUCAAGAAAAACGUUAUUAAUGAUGUAAUUGGUAAACUACCACAAGGAAUAUCGACAUCGAGGCAGAUUCGACAAAAUUAAUGCCACUUUUAUUACGAUUUUAUUCAUGGUGAAAGUAAAUAUAUGUGAUGUAUUUAACGAUUCCUAUAUGAUAAAUGAGUUGUUAAUGACAUUGUAAUGAAUGGAGUUAUUGGAAUGUGAUAUAUAUAUUGGUUUGUGUUUGACCCUUGUCUUCAAAUAUCUGUUUUCCGAUUUGUUAUAUUAUGAAUUAUCGUAAAAGAGACAACGAAUUUCUGAUUUAUGGCAAUAUAUAUAUUAGCUUAGAUUUCAUUCUGCAUACUGCCAAAGACCCCAAUCGUAUUUUAGUUUCGAAUCCUAAAAAACAUCGGUAAUAUGGUAUGCCAUAAAUCAUAGAAUUCUAAUCUCUGAACUGUUGUAGAUUUACCUUCAUCAAAUAAACAAUCCAGAAACUGUAAAAACAAACUAAAGAUCGACAUGUACAGCUGUAAUGUUGUUAUUCACAAGUAGAAUGUGUGGAAGAUCAUCUCCAUUAUAUAAUAGUUGAUAUUAUAUUAAUAUAUAACAUUUUUAGUGAAGAAAGUAUAUAUAUGUACAACUUAAAUUUCAUUUUAUUAUAUAUUUGUAUAAAUAUAAAACUGUAAUUUCGUACCUUCUGUAAUGAAUGAGAUUUUUGUGCAGGACUUUCAGAGCCCCUCUUAUUGAAAACUAUUUUACACGAAUAUUCCAAAUGUUAUAUUUCAUCCACAAUCUUGAAAUGUCCGGGUAACAAAGGCCAAACCCAAAGAACCUUUGUAAAUAAAGGCUUUGAAGAUCAACUACACAAAACUAUCUUUACAGAGGGCUAGUGUAUACUGUACAGAAUCUUUAAAACAAUCAUAAAACACAUUAUUGAUGUGUGUAAUAAAAUUCGUGAUAUGUGAACAUGUACAAUAAAAAGUUAUGUUAUUCUCCAAGGAACAAAUAUACAAUAAAUAGUGAUGUUACUCUCCAAGCAUCAGGGAAACCCAUUUUUGGAAAAAGAUGCCAAUACGUAUACAGUCCACUGCGACCCACUAGAUAUUUAAAAGUGAUCUGAAAUUACCUUUUUAAUUCUUAAAUGCGAUUAUCUCAGUUAUUUACAAAAGAACUGCCCUCACAAAUAAACAUAUUUCAAUUACUUUAAAAUCAAAAUAAGAUAUCCGAUGGAGAUUAAAUAGCAAAAGCA